UAUCUAUUGGUUAAGACGUGGGCGUCACGUUGCUACUUUAUUUAACCUGUUAACUCCGCAUGAAGAAGCAUCAUAUUGCCUACCUAGCUAGGUACUCACCGAAUAAACCUGAGGUCUAUGUAAUCGGCUAAAAUUGUACAACCUUAUAGAAUUGAAUGCUAUCUAAAUAGUUGUUCAAAUUUGAGGCUUUGGACGAAGGAAAUUGGUGAAGAGGAAGUUCGUCAGAUAGGCAGUAUCCGAUCCCAAUAGGUAACGAUGAUAAGAGGCAUGACAAGGUAGUGGAGGGUUUCCUGGGACUGCUUGGUAUAGAUUAUCUGAUAAUCUAGCAUAUAGUGGACCCCAGUAAGAGCAGGGCUCAGCUAUAAAGCUGAUAAUAGGUUCGUUAUAUCCGUUGCUAAGCCCCCUCUCAUCUUCAAUCCUUCGGACAUCGACGCCGGUGUAUACCCCACACUUCUGAAAAGGAGGUCUCAUUUCUCAAGGUAACGCCGUAGGUCUCUGUGAGGGGCCAUGCCUAUUUUAACAUACAUUUACUUCAUGUUUCCUACAAGAUGUCUGUCUUGCACAUAUCAGAUACACUAGUGCUUGAAUAUGGGUGACAACAGCACUCCAGCAGCCAGGAAGUCCUGGCGAGAACUUCAAGCAGCCAAAUAUGCAGAGCGAGACUCAAGGAUCCCAGCAGAAUGGAAAUUGAAGAAAGAGGACUUUCCGCCGGAGGACACAAUUGACCUUCGCCCCUUUGUCAAUUCAUGCGGCAUCUUGUCUCCAACCGAGCUAGCGAUUACCAGCGAGGAGUAUGAUGCAACUUCGCUGGCCGCUGCCAUUGCCGAGGGCAAAUUCACGGCCUUGGAGGUUACCACAGCAUUUUGCAAGCGUGCUGCAGUAGGACAACAGCUAUGUAACAUGCUUACAGAGAUCAUGUUCGUUGAUGCACUGGAGAGGGCUAAGGAACUGGACGACAUUUUCAAGAGCACAGGGAAGGUUGUCGGACCGCUACAUGGAGUUCCGAUGACUUUCAAAGAGUGCUUUCACUUUAAGGGGUACGAUUCGACCAACGGAUACAUGUCUCGAGUCUUCCAACCAGCUAACCGUACGUCGCCGCUGCCGGAACUCCUACAAGCCGCAGGAGCAAUAGUCAUUUCAAAGACAAACGUGCCUCAGACUAUGCUAGUCGCAGAGAACGACAAUAAUGUGUUUGGACGCUCCAAAAACCCCGUGAAUUCUCGUCUGACUAGCGGCGGAAGUAGUGGAGGAGAGGGCUCAAGUCAAGCCUUCAGGUGCAGUGCUCUCGGUGUCGGCACCGAUGUUGGUGGAUCGGUGCGGAUACCUGCGGCUUGUAAUGGAGUCUAUGGUUAUAAGCCUAGCUUCGGGGUCAUUCCUAUGAUCGGUUACUCCUAUUCUGGCUGGUCAGGAUCCAACACGGGAAUCCCGGCUGUCACGGGUCCUCUAGGACAUUCGGUGCGCGACCUUGAUCUUUUCACUAGCGUAGUCAGAGCCGCAAAGCCCUGGUCCUUUGAUCCUGCGGUGAUACCGAAUAUCAUGGAGUUUGACGUCGCUCCGCGAAAGCCUGUCAUUGGCGUUAUCUACGAAUCUGGUCUGACACCCCACCCGCCAGUGCGCCGGGCCAUGCGAGAAGCUGUUUCCAAACUAGCAGCUGCCGGGUUCGAGAUAAGAGAUUUCAACCCGCCGGAUUUCAUCGGCAUCCGCGACGUCUCAGAGCAGCUGUUCACCCUCGAUGGGCUCUCGUACCCGAAACAAGAGUUCGCCAAGUCGGGCGAGCCCGUGGUCCCAAGCGUCAUGAAGAUCGGGUUCUGGGACAUACCUCCGAAAACUCAAGAGGAGGCGUGGAUGUGGAAUACGAAGAAAGGGCAGAUCCAGAAGGAGAUGUUGGACGAAUGGCAGCGAGUAGGCUGUGAUGUCGUCCUGGCGCCCGCUGGUCCCCACACGGCCGUACUGCCUGGAGAUUGGACUAGUGACAUCUACACGGUGGCUUGGAACGUGUGCGAUUACCCUGCCAUCAUAGUGCCUUUUACUCACGCUGACCCGGCUCUUGACCCAAAAGAUACCGAAUUCAAGCCCAAACACACAGCGGAUCAAAAGAAUCAAGAUAUGUAUGAUCCAGAGCUUUUUAAGGGAGCGCCGGUGGCGUUGCAGAUAGUUGGUCCAAGGCUGGGGGAUAAGCAGCUACUCAAAGAUGUUGAAAUGCUCGACGGUGUUUUGAACGGUAUUAUUUAGCGUUUGUCUAGUCGUUUACCUAGGUACCUACCUAGUAUUUAACAAUACCCA